AUGAAAAGUCAGACUUUUGUAUUCCGCCAAUUUUCCGUGCAGCAAGACAGGUGUGCUAUGAAAGUCGGAACCGACGCUGUGCUGCUUGGCGCAUGGGCUGGCAUUCCACCUGAAGGAAACUUGGCGUUGGACAUUGGAACAGGCACCGGGGUCCUAUGCUUAAUGGUGGCACAGAGAGCUAGUAAGUAUCGGGUGCAUGCAGUUGAGAUCGAACCUUCUUGUGCGGAACAGGCAAAUGAAAAUGUUUUAAGGAGCAAGUGGUCUGAUCGGAUCGAAGUGAAGGGUUGCUCCAUUCAGUCGUGGCGCACAAAUUGCAAUGCUCAGUACGAUCUUAUCAUCUCGAAUCCCCCGUACUUCAAACCUCUGCUGAACAAGGAACCAAUCGAUGCUUCAUGUGGAGGGCUUGAUCCCUCAUCGAACGCGAGAAGAAUAGCGCGAGAAACACUUUUGCUGUCACAUGCAGAACUCCUGCAGAGUGUGAAGAUGUUAUUAAAGAAGAGUGGAGCUUUCUGUGUAAUUCUUCCUUUCGCUGACGCUGUAUCGUUUGAGCUGUUGGCAGCCAAGGAGGGAUUGAAGGUGGUUCGGAGAACCACUGUUCAUGGGGUACAAGAAUUGUUGCGUGCAGGAAACGUUGUCGUGGUGAAAAAAUUGAGCAGCCCUCUGCAAGAAACACGCCUCAGUAUCUAUGAAAGCGACGAUUUUUAUACAGAAGAGUAUGUUUCGUUGACACGAGAAUUCUAUCAAAAGACGCUUCGAAGGAGGGGGUCUUAG